AUGUACUCCAAUUCGACUCCGAACGAAGACGGCGGGAGUGUUCCACAGGACACCGCCAAGACUGUAAAGCUGCCUCCCGAGUCAGAUGUCAUUGAAUAUGGGCCAAAUACGGACUUAUUCUUCUUGCCGAUACCGAGCCGCUUGAGAUAUCGAUCCGAUAAACCAUUUAAAUUCGGUAUUUGGACAAACUGUGGACUCAGCAUUGCUGCCGCCUUCCUUAUAUGCAACUUGAACUACUGCGUGCCGCUGUUGAUCCAGAUGGCGAUAUCUUUCGACGUCUCCCACAAGGAAAUAUCAUCGGUUCCAACUCUCCAUCGAGCAGGCUACUCCGUCGGGGUAUUCUUUCUUUGCCCUCUUGGAGACCUCGUACGAAGGCGCCAGCUAAUUCUCCUCCUCAUAACCAUAACGGCCGCUCUGAUUAUCGGUUUCGCAACAACGCACAACUACCUCCUCUUCGAGGUGCUGGCCUUCCUCAUGGGGCUCACCAACGUCUCCCCACAAAUCCUCGUUCCACUAGCUGCAGAUCUCGCACCUCCCACCCGCCGAUCCUUCACAUAUUCCCUCAUACAAGCCGGGAUGAGCUCUAACACUCUCAUGACGGGUGUACUAGCAGGCGUAAUAGGAGAGCUCGCGAGCUGGCGUGUGGUUUAUUACAUGGCUGUUGGUGUCCAGUGCGCAGUCCUGCUUCUGUGUUAUUUGAUCGUCCCAGACUGCCCGAAGAAGAGUCCGGACAUGACAUAUUGGGGCAUACUAUGGUCCAUGAUAAAGUACGGGGCAACAGAACCGGUGAUGGUGCAGCUUGAGCUCAUGGCAGUCGCGACAAGCGCUGCUUACUAUAGCUUCACAGUCACUCUCACAUUUUUGCUUGGUGGAGAGCCGUAUCAUUUUUCCACGCUCGUGAUCGGCCUAUUUGGCCUCACCAGCCUAGGGGGAGCUGUUCUUUCGCCUCUUGCUGGGCGCCUAAUUGACCGCAUCUCCCCAUGGUAUGGCACCCUGAUGGCAACACUGUUUCUGAUCGCAUUUCAAGCGGUCCACACCGCUGCCGGAGGAUUUAGCCUUGCGGUGUUGAUCAUUUCGUGCCUUGUGCUCGGCGCAGCGAGGCAGAUAGAGAACAUCUCGAUGACAAUGAGCAUGUUUAUGGUCGACAUGAACGCCAACUCAAGACUCAAUGCCCUGUUGACGAACAUCGGCCUUGUGAUUGGGACCUCUGUGGGGACGAAAGUCUUCGUGGAGAGCAGUUGGCGAGCAUGUGCGGUGCUGAGUUUGGCACUCUACAGCUUCCAGAUUGUCGUUCUCCUGCUCCGUGGACCGCAUUGUCAGAGGAGAACCUGGUUUGGGUACGACGGAGGUUUUGGCUUCCUCAAGGAGAUUCAACAAGAGGCAGAGGGUAAAGUAAAUCAGAAGGCGUAA